GUUAAUUAAUUGUUAUUUUCAGUGUGUCUGGGAGCACCGUCGUCCCGACCGCCGGAAGUCUGCAUGAAGCUGCGUCUCCUUCACAGGCGACGGCGUCGACGUUUUUUUUCUCUCCCUGUCUUGUUUUUUUUUUUUUUUCAUUCGAGACUUUUUUUUUCUAUUUUUUUAUUUUCUCUCAGAGACAUGAGCAGGGAGUGAGCGAUGGAGGCGUAGGAGGCGACAGUGUUUGUGUUUACAAAGCGGCAAGCAGGUUACGCGUUUGAACAGGCAGGCCUCCUUCUAGCUAACGUUACAGCAAGCCCGCGAACAAAAGGAGGAAUGAACGGAGGCAAGUUAGCUAGGUUAGCUCCUCUCUCCUAGCCGCGUCACCAGCUAGCGCGAGCCAUGUUUGUUGUUGUCUUUACCCAGAAACCUCAUGGCAGCGGCUUAGCUGCCGUGUAACGGUGCCACGUAACGGUACAUCCAACAUGCCGAGUGUGUUGUCUCAUGACAACAAUUUAUUGCACAGCGUGUAACUGUUAUGCCUCCCCGCCCGCUAACGGGAGCUAGCAUGUUGGUGCCCCUCAUCAGACCGGGUCCCAGAGCACUGAGGCACGGCCGGACAACCGGCAGAGAGCCGCGGCCUGUUGGGGAUGUUCCAGCUGGCCCCUGAUUUAUGUAACACGUCAAAGUUGUAGGUUGUGCAACUGCAGAGGCUCAAAAAAGUCGGACUUCUGCGUUGCGGAUCUUUUUUUUGCAUGUAGUAUCUCUUUAUUUAUUUUAAAGUUAUUAUUACAUGAACCGGCAGUCAGCCGAAGGGCUUAACUGUUUUACAUGUCACGUCAGCUUUACUAACAUGCAAUAACAUGCUCGCUUUGCUUUGUAUGUGGGAACAUAGCUAUGCAUGGCAUUCACAACCUCCACAUGCAUACCAAAAAAACCCAACCUGUGAACUCCUCUUGCCGUCGGUCUGUAGCAGUGGCAACGUGUGUGGAAAUAAAGUGCAAUUGCAUAGCGAAGAAAUCGAGCAAUGAAACUAUGAAACUCCCUUCUUUGUGCUACAGAAAACAUGUUGCCUAUGUGUCAGUGGGAGAUGAUCGGGAAACAGAAGAUUGGAGAAAUAAUGGACGAUUCCCAUUUCAACUCAUCAUACUUUUGGUCUCCCGUCCCCACUGUACAAGGACAGCUCGAGAACGCCAUGUUCCUGAACAAGGCCAAGGAGCAGCUGGGUCAGGAAAAGGCCUCCUUCCCUCACGCCUCCGCGUCUUCCACCUCGUCCCCCCACUACCCCACGGCUGUGCUCGCCAUCCCCGGCUCGGUGGACACGGGGCCCGGGGUGCGGCUGGUCCCCAAACAGGAAGGAGGAGGAGUUGCCAUGAGUGCGCUCGGGGGCCACCUGCACACCACUCAGAACAUCACCGUUGUGCCUGUUCCCUCCACUGGUAUCAUGACGGCAGCGGGGUUAGUGAUUACCACCCCUCAAGGCACCCUGGUCCCCACCGCCUCCACGCAGUCGUUUGUAGCAGGACACCCCACGACCACCACCAUGAUAGUUUCUGCAGUGCACCCCUCAAAUACAGACAAGAAGGACAACAUUGCUGUCCCUCCUGCUGUUGUCAUGCCGACGCCAUCAAAGCGGGGCAGGAAGAGCAAACAGAUGUUGGCCAGAGUGGCCGGAAUGGGUGGGGUCCUUCCUCCAGGAAGUGAUGCAUUAAUAUUGGCCCACCUCGCCGCUGGUGGACAACACCACACUGCUGACCCGUACGACCUGUCAAAUGAUGAGGACGACCAUACCAACAAAGACGGCCCCAAAUCCUACAGGUGCCGGAUGUGUGCGCUGACGUUCUUCAGCAAGUCGGACAUGCAGAUCCACGCCAAGUCCCACACGGAGGCCAAGCCCCACAAGUGCCCCCACUGCUCCAAGUCGUUCGCCAACUCCAGCUACCUGUCCCAGCACAUCCGCAUCCACAGUGGGGCCAAGCCCUACACCUGCUCCUACUGCCAGAAAACAUUCAGGCAGCUCAGUCACCUACAGCAGCACACACGAAACCACACGGAGGCCAAGCCCCACAAGUGCCCCCACUGCUCCAAGUCGUUCGCCAACUCCAGCUACCUGUCCCAGCACAUCCGCAUCCACACCGGGGCCAAGCCCUACGCCUGCUCCUACUGCCAGAAAACAUUCAGGCAGCUCAGUCACCUACAGCAGCACACACGGAUUCACACCGGUGACCGACCGUACAAGUGCAACCAUCCUGGCUGUGAAAAAGCUUUCACUCAGUUGUCCAACCUACAGUCUCACCGUCGGCAACACAACAAAGACAAGCCGUUCAAGUGCCACAACUGUAACCGUGGUUACACGGACGCUGCAAGCCUGGAGGUGCACCUCUCCACGCACACCGUCAAACACGCCAAGCUGUUCUCCUGUGGCCUCUGUAACCGAUCCUACACCUCGGAGACGUAUCUAAUGAAACACAUGAGGAAGCACAACCCCGACCCGCUGACAGUGGCAGCGACGGUAGCUGCCCGGCAGGCGCAGGGCCUCACGCCGGGCAGGGGCCGAGGCCGCGGCCGAGGGAGAGGAGCAGGCAGAGCGGGCCAGCUCCAGAACCAGACCAACCAGAACCCCGGAGCGCCCGGCAGCUACCAGCAAAACCAGCAACCCUCCCAAGCUAUGGUCCAGUGCCCGUUCGACCUGCACCAGUACAAGACAGUGUCAGCCAGCGAGAUCCAGUACAAACCGGUCUCUGUGGCCGACCUGCCAGUGGUCCACAAAGACCUGUGCCUCACCGUGUCCACCUCGGCCAUACAGGUGGAGCACAUGAACUCGUAGGCUGUGUUUUCCCCAUCUGCAGUGUAAAAAGAUCCAUACAAACAAGUCAUUUAACUGUAUUCACGAUCAUGGUCUUCUGAGAAGGAAAACGUGGCUCAUUGGGUGGAACGUUUAGAUAUUGCAUUCACUCAACGCUACUCUUUUCCUCCAUUUUAAGAUUCUUUAAUGCGGAGAACAGCACUACAUUUCUGGACAGAACACAGAUAUUUUAAAAUGUGCUUCUGGAUUCCUGAGCCCAAUUGUGCCAAGUCUCUCAGUGGACAUGCUGGUCCGGAGAACUGAGACAAGUAGUUCCUUCCUCAGUCCGGAGACACAUUCCUCCAGUUAUGGACUUAAGCGGAACCCUGAUACGAGAUCCCUUUGGGCUUUUAGAACAUUAUGAACGAGAUGCUGAUGUGAUUCAGACCUGGAGUCAACGUAAGGAUCUAUGUCUAAUUCACCUUUUUCAACGAGUCCAUGGACCAAAUAUCAGCUCAAUACACAUGAGACCUUGAUCCCAAACCAGCAGUCCUCGUCGGAGUAUCUUGAUAAAAGAGGCUUGGUUUUUAUCGCAUUGUUUGCAAGAUGCACCGUCAAAGGAUGAAGAUUUACAAUAUCUGUAAAAUACAAAAAAUCACACUAGUUUCUGGAGAUGUAUUGUCCAGUGAAGGGAGUUAUUUUUGAAAAAAUGUAGAUCAUAUUAAUCUGAACAUUGUCCAUUAUUAGUUAUUAGCUGACGCAAAUAACAAGGGAGAAAAGAAGACAUGGAAUCCAAGAUGAAACUCCUAAGGACCUAAGUAGAUGGUCUCGAAUAUUGAAGGACGCCUCUGACACCGGAGGCCGCAUCUGAGAGAAGAGACGAAGAGGGUGAGGCGCCUUACUGGAUGGGGACUAAAACCUGGGGCUGAGUCUCAAAGUGUUCCUGAUGUUGUCAUUUACGCCCUCCUCCCCUCAGACAGCGACCAGUGGAGGAACCGCUUCCAUGUCGGAGGCCAGAGUCGAUGCAGCGACGCAGCGGCCGGAGAAAGCCCCAAACACGAGGACUCUGCAGCAGAGCCAGGUGGUGGCUGGAGGGGGG